UCGGUUAACUUAACGUACCAAGCAGUAAGUUUUGUUUGAUCAUUUUUGUUGGGUUCUUCGCCUGGCCUAAGAAUAAUGAAAAUACGAAUUCGAAGCGCCUGGUACUUAAUUAGAAUAAGCAAAUUUAAACAACGAAAAUUCAGGCCAGGCAAGAAAUUUCCUUUUCAUUCAAUCAACAACAUCUCAGAAAUGCUGCAUUUUCAAGGACAUAUCUAUCAGUACAUAUUCAGAUUUCAGUAUUCAGUUGGCUGCCAGCAGCCGAGCGAGAUACACGAUGAUAUCGCUAUGACGGCACAACGCGAUCGCCGUGACGACAAUGUCGAAUUGUUACCUUUGAAAUCUAUGCUAGUGAAUAAUAAUUACAGGGAAGAUGAAGUGUACUAUCCUCCGGCUCCAACCAUUAAUAAUAUUCCGUCGAGUUCUAAUCUUAACGACUAUACGCUCCUGUCGAAACGCACGCCGGCCUCAAAGCGGCUUUUAUCAAGAAAUGCUCAGCCCUCGACGAUGCCACCACUGUUGACACUUUGUGGUGCUCCUCCGCCUUCUAGAAAACGGGAGGAGAUAGCAGCUCUUGCUAAUUUGAAGAAAAAAGUGGCUCCUGCACUCUUACAUCAUGAUAGGAGGACAAUAAAAAACAACAACGACUCUGCGGACAAUGAAACGGAGCCGCUUGAUAACAGACCCAAAUUGUUACAAAAGGUACUACGAACAAGGCCUGUUAGCAUGGUGGUGCAGUGGAGUGAGGUGAGGACAGCGUGGCAGGAUAGUGAUUUUAUUACGGAAUGUCUGUGCUGGCAUAACGUCUACCGGCAGAGGCAUGGAGCUCCCCAAUUGUAUAUGGCGCCUGAGUUGUGUGACUAUGCCCAAGCUUGGGCAAACCACCUGGCACACACCAACAAGUUCCACUACAGGAACGACCGGGAUGUCGGUCAGAACCUGUACCAGAGACCUGUGAGCGAUAUACAACCAGAUAUUACAGGGCAAGAAGUAUCAUCAUAUUGGUACGCAGCGGUGCGUCAAUACAGGUUUUUCAAAGAGCCAGAUGUCCUCCAUGCUAAUGUUAAUGCUGGUCACUUUACCCAAAUGGUGUGGAUAUCGACUCGCUACUUUGGUGUCGGAAAAGCGCGGUCCCGCGCUGGUAAGGUAAUAGUGGUGGCUAAUUAUUCACCACCUGGCAAUGCUUCUGGCCAAUUCGAGACCAAUGUGCUUCCACCGCUUCCGGACAACACUCCCGAAUUACCACCGGAACAGUGACGAAGGUUCUCCAUACGUGGUAGGAGACUUAGGAUCGAUGCCACGAUGAAUAGAUGAGAAGUAUCCUAUAGAAGGCCUAAAGAAAGUUGCAUUAUUAUUGUACUGUGUUGAUACCGCUUCAGAAUUGAUAUACUAUAUAUUACUCUUAUCUUGACGAAAAUAGUUGUUCCGGAGAGCCAGUUUCAGUAUAUAUAAUAAAUUUAAAAGCACCUAGAAACGGUUGACGAUUCAAUUUAAUAUCAAUUGCGGAAUGUGGAGCGAUCAAUAGUCGAUAACUUUUUCCUUUUAUGGAUCAAAUUUUAUUAUUAUUAUCGUCACCCGUUAUUAUUUUACCUACAUAAAGAAAUUAAGAAUCAAACUUUUUGAUAAAACGUUUUUUAAUGUGAAUAAUUUGGCUUUCUUUAGCCAACGAAACAUGACUGAAAUUUAAAAAUCAAAGUUUCAGACGGGAAAUACAAAUAGUAUUAAAAUAUAUGUGUAGUGUUUAGUAGUUGAAUCAAGCUUGAUAUGUUAUAAAAAUUAUUAGAAAAUGGUUGUUUCGCCUGAGCUUACAUUUGAUAACGGUUUUUGCUAAAAGCAAUAAUUUUAUGCACAUUUUAAAUACAUCGAGAUUAAUAUUAAGGUUAGUUAUUGCAGCCCAAAAUAAAAUUAAACUUUGUCAGUUUUCCAGUCUUUAAAAUAUGUACUUACAAGCAGAGAUAUAUAGGCUUGUUUUAUCACAAGUACUAUAAUAACAGAUUGCGGGUUAUUAUGGCAAUACUGCAAUGAGUCAUAGUCACAAUAUCUUAUCUAUGCUUAGCUAGAAGAAGAAAGAAGCUAAAGAAGUUAAAUAGCUUAUAUUAAAAAAAACAGUUAGACGGAUUCCUUAGUGUAGAUAUUGUGAACAAGUGCUAUAUAUCUCCAAGUUAUGCCUCGUUUUAUUAAAUGGGUGCUGUACAAGAAUAGUUUUAUUACUAAAUACUUCUGCUAAUCUGCAUAUAGAAUAGUUUUAAAUCUACGCUCUUCCCUUCACCCAACAUCCGUCUUCCUCUAAGGUUGAUAUACUUAUGUACACUUGUUAAAUAUUAUCCUGCCUAGGUAUAGAUUUUCAAAUGUAUUUUAAUACAGAUAGCACUAAACUCAACCAAAAAUCCCUUAGAGUAUUAUAUGCCAUAUGAAAGAGGAUUAUUUAUUAUAGAAAAGGUGUAAACCAGAGUAAUGCAUUCAUUAUUAUGCUGUAACCAUCUUUGCUGCGACUUUGUAAUAAUGGAUAUAGCUAUGAAGGCCUAGUUUUGGAAUUCUCAGCAAAACUAUAAUUGCUAAAGAUUGAGAUGUAGACUACUGAUACUUGCCAAUAAAUAAAUAUUUACUGAAGUAAACACCCCUUAAAGAUUAUGGAAAUGCCAAUUGGAAACAUUUAUGUCCAAAAAUGUUUGUCAUCCGCAAGUUUAGGGAUGUUUCAAGUUUUCAAGUUUAUGAUGAUGCACAUGUCUUGCUAUAGAGUAUAGACUAUGAUGUUCUUUCAAAGUCAACUUAUAAAAACAUAAGUUUUUAGUAGUUUCACUACGUUUGGUGCUGUCUGUAAUGUUGUUAUAUAGAUGUAUUGUCUAGAGUUAUUAGAGUUGUCCAAAAAUAUAUUUUAAGAAAUUUUAGUUUUAUAAGAGAUUUAUUUUUAUUUAUAAUAGGCCAAACAAUGCCUAAUUUGUUUUCUAAAUAAAAAUAACUUGCGUUAGUAAUAGUAAAAGUAGUUGUUUAAAAAUUGUUGUAACAAGAGAUUUCUAGUUAUUAAUUUUUACCUUUAAUUUUUAUGCACAAUUUUAAUUACAACUGUUGAAUUAGCUUUUAAAAAUAUAGGGUUUUAUUAUAAGACAUAGGUUGCCUACUAAAAUAAUUUAGAAUAUAGAUGCUUAUGAUAAAAAGCCUGUGCAUUGAGAGAAUAUUAGUAUGUUAUUGUUAUAAAAAGUCCCUCUAAGUUUUAUAAUACUAGUAUCAAUGUAAUUUUUUAAGCGGUAUAUAUAGCUUUUGUAUAACUUAGUUUAAAAAUAGUUUUUGUAUUGUACACUUUAUUUGCAAACAUGAUUAGUUAUUGUAAUAUGAAAAAUAAACAUACUUGCACAUAAUCAUCUCAAGAGAUGUAUAUUAGAUGUAAUUCUAACAAUAUGUUACUAUAUUUUGAAAAAUAUUCUUUAAGCAUAUUAUUUAGUGUUGGAUUGACUGAUUUAUGAAUUUUUAUUACUUAUUAGUUUCAUAAGUAAUGGCUGUGAAUUGUUAACUGAUAUACUAAUAUGUGGCUUGGCAAUAUUUUAAGUUGAAUUAAUAAAAUAG